AUGUUUGCAGCAGCCACCAAGAACUUUGUGAAGCAGGUGGGCGACACGGGGAGGCUGAUCCCCGUCCCGAGCCUGAGCGAGGCCGACCGAUACCAGCCCCUCAGUCUGGUCACCAGGAAGCGAAAGAGGCGUUUCUGGAAGAAGAAGAAAUACGCGUCCACGGCGUUCUCCCUCAAAGACAUCCUGGUCGGGGAGAAAGAGAUUACAGCAGGCGUGUCUUCUUAUCAGCUGCUCAACUAUGAGGACAAAUCGGACGUGGCCCUCAAUGGGCGACUUGGGAACCACCUGGUUAACGACGUGGGCUUCAACGUCAGCGGCUCAGACUCGGUGGCCGUCAAGGCUUCUUUCGGCAUCGUGACCAAACACGAGCUGGAGGUGCCCACUUUGCUGCGAGAACUCAGCGCCAGGAAAGCGGACCUGGACCACUGCCUUGUCCGCCAGUCCAGAGUGAGUGGGCGGGGCGUCCUGUGCGUCGUCAUGGAGAGCAUCCGCACCACGCGCCAGUGCUCGCUGACGGUCCAUGCUGGCAUGAGGCGUACGACCAUGAGGUUUCAGAUCGACGAUGGCAGAAACCCAAAAGGCCGAGACAAGGCCAUCGUCAUCCCCGCUCACACCACCAUCGCCUUCAGCAUCUGUGAGCUGUUGGUCCGACUCGACGGGCGACUUGAUAUCUGUGUAGCACCGGGGUCUCGAGGUGGAUUUGAACGAGAGCAGAUGAGGGAGCAGCUGGACGGUUUCGUCGGCCACUUCUCCAUGGGACGACUGCGCCGCUUCCUGUCAGGCAUCAUCUACGGGAACCCCUUCAGAGCAGACGACAGCACAUUCGAGGAGCUCACUCACUCUGACACCUACAUGGACGACACGGCGACGGACUACUACGAGAAAGCCGCCAGCAUGACGGAUGUCUCCACGGCCUACCUGAGGGAAAGCGCCCACCCGCGCGUCAACCUCCUCAAACACAACAUCCCCAAGGGGCCAUGUGCUCUGUGUGGCAUGGGCAACCAAAAGAGAGAAACUGUCUACGGCUGCGUAGAAUGUUCUUUUGGUAGUCAAAAGUAUGUGCGACUGCAUGUGGUGCCCUGCUUUGACCUGUGGCAUAAAACACUUAAGUGA